AUGCAGGCUCCCGGGUACAAGGUGAUUCCCCCUGCCCUCCUCAGAAGUGGCACUGGACAAAUAGACUUUUGGGUCAACGACGACAUCACUCUGUCCCAGCAUGGGUAUCUCCUACCAAUGUGCCUCGAGCUUGGAUACGACACGAACGGCGAUGAGCCAGAUGACAAGGAAUAUGUCGACCACUGGGUCCUUGUUCAUUUGAAAAGAACAUUACCCACAGCAUCGAACGCAUUUUCCGCAGUCAUUCACGACACAAUGGAAGGAGAUGUGGUGAAGAAUGCCAAUCGAGAACGCGUGGCUGAGACCCUGUCCAACUUUUUUCCCAAGGAGGCCACUGUCGAGAUCACCUCGACAAAGGUGCUGGCACAAGAGGAUGCGUACAAUUGUGGUGUGUACGUCAUAUUGCAUGGAAUCUCCUUGGUGCAAUAUUGCCAGCCAAACAACCUGCCUAUAAGAAAAGGAUAA